UUCCACUAACUGCUGGUGAAUGGUGAUUCUCGUGGAACAAAAAUGGCGACUAGAUGCAUCACUCUAAGAACCACUGCCAAAACCCUUUUGCGACGUCUUCAAUCUCCCGCUCAAGAUUCUUCUCGGGCUUUUCAUUCCUUCGUUUUGCGAGAAUCUCACGCUCGUAAUUUUCAUAACCCUUAUUCUGGAAGCUUCAGGGGCAUCGUCUCAGCGCCAAACCACAAUCUCGAUGAGCCUGCUGGUGCUGCUGCGCUCUCCCUUGAUAAUCGCGUUCCAGCUACCGUGAUUACUGGUUUUCUUGGCUCUGGAAAGACUACUCUCCUGAAUCAUAUUCUCACAUCGCAACAUGGCAAGCGGAUAGCUGUCAUUGAAAAUGAGUUUGGUGAGGUUGAUAUUGAUGGAUCAUUGGUUGCUAGUCAUUCUUCUGUGAGUGAAGACAUUAUCAUGGUUAACAAUGGCUGCCUGUGCUGCACUGUCCGAGGAGAUUUAGUUAAAAUGCUGUUGGAGUUGGCUAGGAAAAAAUGUGACAAUUUUGACCAUAUUGUUAUUGAAACCACAGGUCUUGCAAAGCCAGCUCCUGUUAUUGAAACUUUUUGCAGUGAUGAACUAGUUUCUCAGUAUGUAAAACUGGAUGGAGUUGUGACUUUGGUUGAUUGUAAGCAUGCCAUGCGACAUUUAAAUGAAGUGAAACCAAGAUUCGUGGUGAAUGAGGCAGUCGAACAAGUUGCAUAUGCUGACCGUAUUAUUUUGAACAAGAUAGAUUUAGUUACUGAAUCUGAGUUAAAUAUAUUGACUAAGAAAAUUCAGAAUAUCAAUGGAAUGGCACAAAUUAAGCAAGCUAAAUUUGGAUCUGUCGACAUAGACUUUGUUCUGGGUGUGGGAGGAUAUGAUCUUGAGAGAAUUGAAUCUGAGGUACAUGGAGAAUGUCCUACUGCAAGCCAUCACGAUGACUCUGGACAUGAACACAAAGGGCAUCGUCAUCAUGAUCAUGUGCAUGAUUCUACUGUUUCAAGUGUCAGUAUUGUUGCAGAGGGAACUCUUGAUCUCGAUGAGGUUGAUGAUUGGCUUGAGAGAGUGAUUGAAGAAAAAGGAGAGGACCUAUACAGAAUGAAGGGUGUCUUGUCAGUGGAUGGUUCGGAUCAACGAUAUGUAUUUCAGGGAGUGCAUUCCAUAUUCGAUGGCUGCCCAGGAAAAACAUGGGAACCUCACGAGAAGAGGAUAAACAAGCUCGUGUUCAUUGGAAGGAAUUUGGAUGAAACUGCCCUUAGAAAAGGCUUCAAAGGUUGUAUAGUCUAUUACUAAAAAGCUGUCACCGGUCAACUUUAGUGACAGUCAACUUUAGAAGCAGCCCUUACGCGCGAUUUCGAAAUUUCUACCCACUUGUUAUGUAAUAUUAAUAUUAUCACAUGCAUUGGUCGUCCACAUCAAAUUAAAAUGAAGUCAGUAUAUUAGCUUAGAUGAAGAGAGUUGUUAUAGUAUCAUGAACGAUAAAUGUUUGAUGAUAAUAGUAAUAAAAAAAAUGUUAGUGA